GGCAGAAUAGCUUUUGAUAUAGAAUCAAAACUAUGCCUGACAGGUUACCCUCGCUUACCCGCGAGGUGGAACGCCUGCUCACGGCUCCAUACGUGCCCGCUCUUCAGGAUCUCUAUGAUAUUGUCCACCGAUGCUCCCCGCCUGAGAUUCGUUCAUGGGCCUUUUGCAAACCGUGUCAAGUGGGUCCCCUGGGCGACCUUCUAGUUCAAGCACUUUCACACUCAGCAUUAUCCCUGCAAUUGCUCCGCAACUUCGCAUCGGCUCCUUCCUUCCGUGAUGCUCUGUUGGAGCGACAUCCGACUGCCUUAGAUGGCUUCCUUCAAAAGGCCGUCGAAGAUGGAACCUCCGAGUACUUCCCGGUGUGUGCGGCACUUCUUUCGUCGCCUCUCCCUUCUGAGUUUGUCGUACCAACACGACUUUCUCCCUUUAUCAUGAAGCUGGUGUGUAGAAUGGGCGAAAGGCCCUGCGUGGAGACUAUCCUACCUUUGUAUCAGGUUAUGGUUGGCCUGCAAGCCUCUUCGAGUAUCCUGGAUACCCUACCGUUCGAAACAAUGACUACCCUCCAGAUGGAGUUCACUAAGACACUGCGCAACUUUGAUGACCAUAUGGGCAAUCUGCUCUGCCUUGCCACAUUUGCUAGUAUUGCAUCCUCGCGUAGGGCAAAAUUCGAUGACGAAUAUGCACCGCAGCCUCCGUCCUGGCUCCAAAAUAUACGUCAUUUCUUUGGCCCCAAGCGUGGCUUGAAAACGCUGGACCUAGUUGUCCUGCGUGUCAUUCUCAGCUGCUCAGCUACUUGCAAUAGCCUACCUGUUAGCCAGGCUGCAGAAAGCAUUCGACUCGCCAUUGAUAUUUGUGAGACUGUUAAUCUUGAGCAAAGACAGGCAUGGAUCGCGGGCAAUUCAUCUAAGAUUGCCAAGUUAUGUGAGAAGUUGACAAGGGAUGGCAUUGGCCAUGAAGUCCAAGCAAUGGGCAUCGCCUUUCUUAUUACCUUUCUUCCAGCUGGUAGUUCCCUACCGCAGAUAACGACUCUUUGCCAGCAGAUCCUAUCAUCAGAACGUGUAUUGCAAAUUGUACCUCACGAACUUGUCCCACGCAUGGUAGAAGUAAUUGCCGCCUCGCAUGGAGAGACUGCUGUGUGUGGCUUUUUGAAUCUCGCGUUCUCUACAAUUAAAAAAGAUGCCACAGACUGCAACACCCUGGCUUCUUUCAACCUAUCAAGAUUGCUCCUUUCUGGACUGCAGAAAGUGAAACCACUGCUCCAGUCCCCUUCAGUGCAUGAAUUAGUAAUGACCUUGGGUGAAGUGACAGUAAAAGAGCUACUGCUUAGCUUUCCAAGAAAGCCUGAGCAGCCAAGCUGUGAAGACUCUAGCGCCUGCUAUGCUGCUAGUUCCGAGGCUCAGAACUCCUUAUUUGUCGAUCUUUUCGGGAUUUAUGCUAGAUCUGCAUUUCCGGGAAGGAUACAGGAAGGAAAUUCGGGCCCCGACGACGUUAGAAACCGUCUAGCCGCUUUCAUGGGCCACCUAAGAGACCUUUUUGCUAGCAGUUGCUGUUCUUUCUCUGCAUCAAGAUCAUUGGAUAUUCGCAAUGUUUUUCCCUCACCAGUUUCCCGAAAGCAACCGACGGACAAUUUUUCAACUCGCGACUGGAGGGCUGAAAUGGCGGAGACACUUAUGCUCAAUGCACGAACAUCUUACGAUCAUAUGUUGGAAAAGGUUGAGGAAAUCUGCUACGAUCUAGAACACCGCUGCUACAAUACUGAGGCUCCUUUGCGGGUGGUCCAAAAGGAACGCGACCAGUUCAUGGCAGAAGCAAAUGAAUUGAAGCAGCGCAAUGAGGAUCUACAAAUACAAUUGCAGCAAGCAUCCAACACUAUUUCUGAUCUCCGUCAAGAGAUGGUUCGCCUGGAAUCCCACGCAGAGUGCGUCUCCCGUCGCUCAGAGGCGCUUUCUGCCGAUCUUGACAAUGUCAGAAGGGAACUUGAAAGUCAGAGACAUCAAUCCGAGAAGGUGGUCCAGGUUGAAAGGGAAAAUUCCAGAACAAGGGAACUGGAGCUGGUUGCUACCGCGACCGAGAGAGAGGAUCAGAUUGAAGGGUUGGAGCGGCAGCUAAAUCUUCAAACAGCAGAGAAUAAUGAGCUGCAGCACAAUUUGGAAACUCUCUCAGGCGAGCAUGCAACACUUAUGGAGGAAACUCAUUUGCUAAAUGAAAGGGUCGGUGGGCUUGAAGUAUCCUUGGAAGAAUACAGGCUUCUUUUGGCACAGAAAGAUGAAGAAGCCAAAAGAUCAUCUGUCAACAAAGAGCAUUUGAGUUUCAAAAUAAGGGACCUAGAAGCAAAGCUAGAGGAGAAGGUUCUGGAGUACAGUGCACUAUCAUCUGCAUUGCUUGCUGCAGAGGAAAAAUCAAGGAUUGACAUGGAAAUGUUCAAACAAGAACAUGAGCUUGCAAUAUCUCAUGCCAGUUCUGAGUCCGCCAAGCGGAGCGAAGAGAACAAAUCCCUGCAAACUGCUAUGCAAGAAGCCGCGUCCAAUGCCACAAAGGAGUUGCAAAUGAAGGAACGAAAAAUCCAGCAUCUAGAAAGCAAGGUGCGAUCUCUGCAAAACGAGCGCGCAACCAAAGCGCGAGAAUUUUUAGAAGCUCAGCAACACAUCAGCCGCUUAAUGACCGUUAUGGGGUUUAAAGCGGACCCUGCAGAAGCAGAAGAUUCGAGCAAACGCCGACGGUCUAGGUCCCAUCUGGAACCGUCUCAUCUUGCCAUGCCACCGAAGGGCACUAAUAAUGCUAGUUUUUGGCAAACAGGCAACAUUGACUUCAAUUCGGAAAGCUUUCUAGGAGAGUCUUUUGGGUCUAUUGCCUCCAAUUCACCUGGUCCUGAUCCUGGUCCUAGUCCUAAGCGACCAAGGGACGACCUAGUCGAUGCAACAGCACCUUUGCCUUCGCGUGCCAAGGGGACAGAUCACUUCAAGGCACAGGAUCUGCAAUACCCCCGAAGCUCUACCGGGAAACGACGAGAGCGACAGCCGCUGGGAGGCGCAGAUCCAAACGCCACUUCUCCUGCUCCCGAUACUUCACGAUUUAAAAGUCGUCGGGAAGGAUCUUGCCUUGGCAGCCAGCUUUGUAUUACCAGGGAUGAAAAUCGAGAAAUAGACGUCGCUGAUGAUCUGGACGUAAAGCUUGACGAUGGGCUCACAUUUACCAGUGUCACCUUUCCGGGGAACGAAACUUCGAGCUGAUGCAGGAUACCCAAUGAUGAUCAUGAUCAUGAACCUAUUAUAAUUAUUAAUCUAAUGACUUGUUUC